UGAGGCAGUCUGGGGCUAGGAAAGGGGGAGACAAGACAGACUAGUCAGAAGAGGCGGAGGAAAGGAGAGGAAGAGAAGGACGAGGAAGGGGGUGCAGCAGAAGCGACAGGAGGAGCCCGACGAGAAGAGGUGGGGCUCGGGAAGACCGAGAGAUAGACGGACCGACGGACGCACGGAGGGAGAGAAAGGAGGAGACGGGGAGGAAAGGGGAGAUCGAGACAGGCAGUCUAGCCUGAGAGACAGUCUGGACACAAAGCGUCUAAAACGAGACAAAGAGAAAGGGAGAGACAGUCAGAGAGAAAGAAAACUGUAGAAAAAAGAGAAAUACAGUGAGAAAGCAAGAAAGGAGAGCCAGAAGAGGAAAGAUUGUGGACAAGCAGCUAAAAGCAAUGGCAACUAGCAGCGCCAGCAGUGAGGAGGAGCGGAGCCUCCGGGAAUGUGAGCUCUAUGUCCAGAAGCAUAAUAUCCAGGCACUCCUCAAGGAUUCCAUUGUACAGCUCUGUACUGUUCGGCCUGAGAGACCCAUGGCAUUUCUUAGGGAAUACUUUGAGAGACUGGAGAAGGAGGAAGCAAAACAGCUCCAGACUCUGCAGAAAGCAAGUGCCCAUUCUGAAUCAAGGGAAGAAGAAAUUUCUCCUCCACCUCCCAAUCCAGUGGUUAAGGGUCGGAGGCGAAGGGGGGCUAUCAGUGCGGAGGUAUACACUGAGGAAGAUGCUGCAUCAUAUGUUAGAAAGGUUAUUCCAAAAGAUUACAAGACUAUGGCUGCUUUAGCUAAAGCCAUUGAGAAGAACGUAUUGUUCUCACAUCUUGAUGACAAUGAGAGAAGUGAUAUUUUUGAUGCCAUGUUCCCGGCCUCCUUUAUUGCUGGAGAGACUGUAAUUCAACAAGGUGAUGAAGGAGAUAACUUCUAUGUGAUUGAUCAAGGAGAGAUGGAUGUCUAUGUCAAUAAUGAAUGGGCAACCAGUGUUGGAGAAGGAGGGAGCUUUGGAGAACUUGCCUUGAUUUAUGGAACACCUAGAGCGGCAACUGUCAAAGCAAAGACAAAUGUGAAAUUAUGGGGCAUUGACCGAGACAGCUAUAGGAGGAUCCUUAUGGGAAGCACAUUGAGAAAGCGGAAGAUGUAUGAAGAAUUCCUUAGUAAAGUUUCUAUUUUAGAAUCUCUGGACAAAUGGGAGCGUCUCACAGUAGCUGAUGCAUUGGAACCUGUUCAGUUUGAAGAUGGGCAGAAGAUUGUAGUGCAAGGAGAACCAGGAGAUGAGUUCUUCAUUAUCUUAGAAGGUUCAGCUGCUGUGCUUCAGCGUAGGUCGGAGAAUGAAGAAUUUGUUGAAGUAGGAAGAUUGGGGCCCUCUGAUUAUUUUGGUGAAAUUGCACUUUUGAUGAAUCGUCCACGAGCUGCCACAGUGGUUGCUCGUGGCCCCUUGAAAUGUGUUAAACUGGACCGACCCCGAUUUGAACGUGUUCUUGGUCCCUGCUCAGACAUCCUCAAACGCAACAUCCAGCAGUAUAACAGCUUUGUCUCGCUGUCUGUCUGAAAGGUGGCUCCCCCUGCUUGAGCCCAUGCUUCACCAGUCCUUUUCCUCAUUUGCAGCACCUCAUGGCCAUUGUUAUUGUGGCUUUCUGUCUGUUUAUAUAACAAAAAAAGAAAAAAGUUGCUUUCAUUGCACCAUUUUUAAUUUGGAGCAUUAGUUGAAGUGCUCUUUGUCCAGUUAAAUAAAUAGUUAUAUGGAGACAUUGCUGUUACUGCUUCUCUUUGUGCAGUGUUAGUGUUCAACUUUUGGCAGUGAGUGCCAUGCCUUUUGGUGAUGGCAGAUCCCAGCACCAAAUGAAUUGCCAUAGAAUAAGAAUAUAACAGUGGAAAAAUUUUAAAAAAUGAAACAUUUCCAAUUAUUAUAAGCGUAUUUUAUGUGGUCAUAAUCUGCUGUUUUUCAUUAAACAAAUGACUCCUUACCAAGCUUCUCUAAAGUUUAAAAAAUGCAUGGGUACUCUUAAUUCUCAGUGCAAUGGAGAGGCAUUUGCUUAUAGUCAAAUGGUAGGUUAGUGAUAGCGGAAAUGUGCCUAUUGUCUGCUGGUUUCCAAAUGAUUUAAUAUGUUUGGUUUCUUAAAAACCACCAGAUUUUUUGAUUGUCAUGCUUAAUUGCUUCCAUUCACACUAGAUACUGAUGUAACUUCCUAAUUUAUAGAAAAAGCUUUUCUGCUUGAUAUGUUUCCAGCUGCCAUUUGCAAACUGGACUAAUGUUAAACUUACAUUUGUCCAAUGAUUCACGAAUUAUAGAAUGAAUCCUCUAUUUACCCAGUUAGUGCCAAAUAUUAAGUGUCAGGCAUUGGACUCAGUAAAAGAAUUUGAGAUAGAUAGUCUUUCUGUUCUCACCUUGUAGCCUUUCCUUCUUGCAUAUCCUUCAUUUGACUUUUGUAUAAGGUUCUCUGCCUGAUUCCAGGAGAUGGGUUUGACUGGGAGUGUGUACAUGUGGAAAACCUGUCACCAUGGAUUAAUGGAGGUGCGUUGGCUAAUGGGACUGUGAGGUGGAUCAGGUGUCAGGUACCUUUUCCUGUCCCUGGAAAUACAUAUGAUUUAAUUUUUUUUCUUCUGUGUUAACCAGAAGUAAUGCUAGGUUGGGAGUGUGUGUGUGUGUGUUUUUAAGUUUAUGUAAAAUGCUAUGUCAGGCUUCCUUUCCCUUUCCACCUAAAGUUCUAUGACAAUUUUUAUUUUAAGUAAAACUUUUCUGAGUCUUUAACAUAUUUCAAUAUUUACCAGCUUUGUUAUAUUAUUCUAAGUAUGUCAAUGAUUCUCAGCAGUUUUUUUAAAACAAAAUUCCAGUUUCAUAAUGUAAGCAAUUUUAUGGUUUCAUUUUCAUUGUAAUCUUAUAGAGGGAAGUUGAACCUGGGAGUAAGAACAAGCAUUUUUGUGUUUGUUAUGCAGCAGGCUUUAAUAAUGCUUUCUGUUUUUUUCCUGGGUAUUUACAUUGAUCAUGGCAUGUUUUGUUCUAAAAUUUAAGUGGUUUUCAGACUGUGUCGGCUGUAAAAUGGGAAGGUAAAAAGUCACCAUGUAUAAAUAUUUCUGUUUUUCAAAAGAAUGUUGAGUGAAGGUUUCCAGUAAUUACCUUCAUGUAUGAGUAUCUCUUUUAUUUUCAAUUUAAAAAAUUAUUUUUUUUUAUCUGUAUCUUGGUUUUUCUUCUUACAUUAGUUACUGUAAAGACUGAUCCAUAGCAAUGUGUCAGAAAUGUACCUAAAUGAGUUUAGAAUGCCACAGAAAUGCACACUUUCCAGUAUAUAUUUGUAUAGAUCUAUAUACAUGUAGCUAUACCUAUUUAGAAAAAUAUAAUAAUGCUUGCAUCCUAAUUAAGUUUCCCUGCUGAGUCUUUUAACUUGCGGUUUUUACUCCUUUUGUAGCUUUACCUAAAAGAUUUUAAGAUAAGCUAAGUCUAGGUUAAAUAUUAAUCAGUGCUAGCAUUGUGUGCAGUUUAAAUAUGUGUGAGAAACCACAAUUGGCAUAGUUACUGUAGCUAACAUUCAGGCCUUUAGAACUCAUUUUUUAAAAGCUCCAUUUAGCUACAUCCCUAGAAAGCAAACAGUAGAUGACCAGUGGACCAUUUUUGUAUUGUUAUCUAUCAGUCCGUAUACUGUAUAUCCUAAUAUAUUCUAUUGCUUUGGUAAAGAUUGUCCUAAUGGCAGAUUAAGCAAAUAAAAAUGAUUUAAAUUAUUAAAUAUAAUCAUCUUCCCCCCCUUCAAUAAUCUUUCAUCUAAACAAACAGAAAUGAUUAUAAUUAGAAGUUAAUGAAGGGUAGGGCUAUGUUAAUAUACUAAGAAGAAUUUAGUUUCAGAGAGACCCAUUUCAGUCUUUACCAACCAAAGAAUGGAUCUGAAAUAUAUUUUGAUGAUAAAUUUGCUGCAAGAGAGUACUGUGCCUGUCAGUCUUGGACAGACUACAUUAAUCAUAGCAUCUUAAAGCUGGAAAGGGACCUCCAGAGCAAGAACAGUUUUUUCCACUCUGAAGGCAAAAGGUUAAUACCUUUGAGCUUUUUUUCCUAGACUUCUUUAGGAAAAACUAGUUCCUGAGUCAGCAUAUUAAUUUAGUGUAAUUAAUUACAGCUUGACACAUUGCUUAGCUUUAUAUUUAUCUUCACUUUAGCUUAGCUUCCAGUUGGUCACUCUUCAGAUGUCUGACCAUAGGCAGAAGACUUGUAGCUUGUUAAUAUACACAGCAGUUUAGUUCAUGUGAAUGUAUUUAUCUAUCCUCCCAAUGUAAUGGAACUUAAGGCUAGUGUAUUCAGAUGUUGUCAGGAAACAUUUUUUUCAUUUAUGUUGCUUUCCAAGGCAAACAGCUUAAACACGUUCAGUAUUGUUUUGGGGGCCAUGGACAAAAUAGAUACAGCCAAAAGAGAAUCCAGCUCAACAGCAGUUCGUUUGGGUGGAUCCCUAGUUACGUGUGCCCUUUGCCAAAGCAGAGUGCUAAAAUGAUAGCUCAAGUUUGAGCUUUCCUUUUCCAGGGCAGAGUCUGUGUCUUACUCCUUUUUGUAUCCCCCAUGGUGCCUUGCAUAUAGUAGGAGCUCAGUAAAUAUUUAUUGAAUUUUCACCAACAUCAUAUUGCUACAGUUUUCUUGACAUGAUUUUGUGAUUUUAAACUGAAUUUUAAAAAUAGAAGCAUUUUGUACCCCAAACUGUAAAUUCAUAACUAAAAGUGCUGUUUUUUCCCAUUUUUCCUAGUAUUGUGUGAUAUAUAUAGAGGACCCUCAGAAUCAGAAAGGCCUGGAUUUAAGUCCCACCUCUGAUAAAUAUUGCCUAUGUGCCCCUUAAUAAGUCUUUAAGACUAUAAAUUACAGUGCAAUUGCCUAUUUGCAUUGGUAAAGUGAGUUAGUUCCCUAUACCUACACCAAUGAAGUCACAGGUCUGGACCAAAAAAAAAAUUCCCAGUGUAUUUCUAGAUGAAUUAAAGUGACACUGAGGAAUUCCUGUCUAGAGAGCUCCUUAUUACACUCUCCAAAACUUGUGUCAUAAAAGCUGUUGGGAGUCUGUAGACCUGAGGAUAAGAAGGUGAUUUGUGUUUUUUUUCUCUCCUAUCGCAGAAUAUUUUCCACGAUAACCAGCUUUGAUGUACAUACAUAGCUAAAAUUGUUUUCUUGACUUCAGGUCUGUGACCUUAUCGUUAGCCCACCCUAAAGUUAAAUCACUAAUAAAUCCAACUCAAUUCAUCUUGUAAAGCAGUUCCUACCUGUGCAUUUUUUUGUAGAAAGCUUAAACGACUUUCUGAGUUAAGAAACAAAAAGCUACCACUAGAUGGAGAACUUUAAUUUUUGUCACUAUUUUUGUUCCUAAAGCUCCUUUGAACUUAACAAGUUAUACCCUCAAGCUGAAACUAGUUCUCAUUCUUUCCCCUACACGGCCCUGUUUGGUAUUCAGUUUUUUGGCAGGAAGACCAUGAAGAAGGUUUUAUUUAGAGAAGGAAAUGUGUUAAUUCACAGGAAGUUAAGCAGGAGUUUGUCAACCAGAAAUCACUCAAAAUGCACAUGUUGGAAGUUAGUUCUAAGAAUGGUACUUUUGGUUUUCUGAUAUUUUUGAUGAAUGAAAGCAAAGCCCACCUCUUUCCCUUUGAAUUUUGGUCAGAAAGUAUAUUGGAAUAUCAAGGAUGAAGAAAAAGGUGUUCAGUACCCUGCGCAGCCAAAUUUAAAUUCUUAGUUCAACUUACCAUUUCCUGGACCACCUCUAGUGCUUCUAAGGAUUUUGUGAGUCCAGAGACAAAAAGGAAGGGGGGAAAACGCAGGAUUGGGGGAAAAAAAUUCUUCCCCUUACUUUCUGAAAGCAUUAAAAUGUUAGUUUAUUAAGGUUGUCGUACUGCCUCUGUUCUGCCCCAUCUCUCUCCCUGUAGAGGCAACAAACUGCCUUUGGUGCUUGAAAACUAGCCAAAUUUGUGAAUAUUUGUCUAUUUGUAGCAGUUAAGUGACUCAUUUUAAGGCUGUAAUAGGGCUGUGCUAGUCUGAGGUUCUAGCACUGUGACCCCUUAGCUGAAGAAUAGCUUCUGUCCCUUGAAACUGGACCUUUCCUGUACCUACUGUUUAGUAUUUCUUUUGAUUGUCCUGUUUCCUAAAGCAUGCAGAUGAGAUAAAAAUAGGAAUGAUGGCUAAUGAACUAGGAAGCCUUGUGCAGAACAGUAAUAUCUCAAAUUCUCAGAAUGAAGCUAUUUUAAAAUUAAUAUGGCUAGAGUAAAAAUAAAAGAAACCUUGAUGAAUAGCAUGAAGCAGUAUUGACUUGUGACAGACUCCUAAGUUGUGUGUGCAAGGAAAAAGUACCCCCUCACACACCUUGUUUUGACAGUUGAAGGUAAUGGCUCACACUAGAAAAGUUGUGACAUUCCUCAAAAAAGUUUGUCUUUAGUCUUCUUUCAGCUCUGCCUUUCAGGGCCUAGAUAGGAAAACCCUUUAAGCAUCUAGAAUCAUCCUACAUGCUUUCUUAAUAGCCUGUCAAAACAGGAAAAGAAUUUGUUAGUCUCAUUUGUCAAGUGAUUUCACUUUAGGAUAGAUGUCAGUGUGGUACUUCAACUUAAGCAAUUGCAUUUUAAGUCUUUAUUUCUGGAAUGAGACUAACCCCUUGUUAAAAGAAUUUCAGGCUUCAGAAAGUGGGUAUAGAGGUAUUUAGGAAAUCACAGUAUGUGUAUUUGUCUUGCAGGCCCACCCUGAAGAUAAACCCAGUUUAGGUCAUUAGGGUGGUUGGGGGGGACAUGAUCAGUUAGUCUCUCUGAGAAGAAUUUUAGGGACUAACUCAUCUAUGGCUAAUGAAAAUCUACUGGGAGCUGCUAGGAACAAAGGAACAUAUAAUCCACCACUGUUUUUCUAUCAGACUCAACCUUUCGCUGUUCGUGCCUGAGUUAGCUCCAUUUCUUUCCUUCUUGUAUCCCAAGGCUCUCGUACAUAUUUUGUCUUUUGGAAUAUUCAGCAUUAAAUACUGUCUAAAAUAAUGUACUUUUCCCUUUUCUGACGUCCAGAAAGAUUCUUAACUGUAUUUUAAACCUACCUCACAGGGUUGUUGUGAGGUUAAAUGUAUGUGAUGCUAUUUGCAAACUUUAAAGCUCUCUGUAACUGUUGUUAUCUCUGCCUCUGCUAACAAAGCUUCUGAUAAAGUGUGUCUUUGGAAUGCAAA